CAGGUUUAGUCUCAGCUGCCGUAUCUGUCAAAUGUGAGAACAACUUACAGCCCACCAUGCCAACUUCCCAGCCCGCGCAUGGCCUCCGCCUGCACGCUCGUCAUACGUAGAAGAUUCUCCGUAUCAGCUAGGUUGUUUGAUAAUUGCGCCAGUUGUGUAUGAAGCUGUGACUGUGCCCGUGUUGUCAGCCGGGGCCUUGGAUGCACGUGCAGAAACACGUACAAGUUGACGCGCCUUAAAGGCGUUACCGCUCGAUGCUUGGGAACCUUGACGGUUCAUGCUUUCAGACCGGAAUGUGCUAGGUCGUGAAAGGAGGUUGAGCCAGCUUUCUUGCCUUUCCUUGUUCUUGAUCGCACGGUGUCUGACCAAGUGUUGGCGGAGGGGCCGUGAUGUUUACGACUCGAACUCGGACGGAAGACCAGAUGUGGGGGCGUUUCGUGGCGCUGCGCUUAGAGAUUUCCCAAGUUGGCGUGAAUCAGCAGCGCUUUUGAGAUUGCUUGGAGAUGAAUUCAAUGAAAAGGCUGUUCCUCUUAGUAAUAUGUUGGAUACAAAUUACUCCUACACCAACAAGGAGCCGCCCAUCAACAGGUCAAUCGGCAUCAACACGAAGGAGCUAUUAGUCCGAGGACAACAUUAAACUGGUAAUCACCGUUAAGAGACAACGUCCCCGACACUCACCCGCAUGACGA